CCGUAGAUCGUUUCACAUAAUAUUUUUAAGUAUGCGGACGGUUGCGAGCGGCGACAGUUCGCUCGCGGUAUCGCUGGCAUUCACUGGCGCUAUAGGAAGGUCGUUCUAGCUCAUCAGUGUCCUCUGGAUGCUGCGUCCUUAUAUUUCAAGGUGAGCUAAAGUCAAACAAUGAUAGGAGAUCACAUUAAAUAGAUCAUUUGACCAUAACCUUUUGUAGGUAACUGAAGAGGACCACACCGAAAAAUGCCGAAUGCCACGAUGAACGGAAUGAAAACCUCCGAUGAUGACAUCGUGAUCACGGGCAUCUCUGGCCGCCUGCCCGAGUGCGACUCUAUGCAGGAGUUCGCACAAAAGUUGUUCGAUGGCGUCGAUAUGGUCACUGCCGACGACCGCCGUUGGCCGCAAGGUACAACACAACACGCACAUUAUAUAUAAUGUACCCCUACAAGUUUAUUAUUGAUUCGAUAUGGGUGCAUAAAAUGUUGUUCUUUUAAAUUUAACUUUUUAUCUUAUAUUACUUUAUAGGACUUCAUGGCCUACCAAAACGCAACGGAAAACUUAAGGAGUUGAAAUAUUUCGAUGCCACGUUUUUCGGUGUUCACGCAAAACAGGCGCAUAAUAUGGACCCUCAGGUGCGGAUCCUACUGGAGACCACAUACGAGGCGAUAGUGGACGCGGGUUACGGGGCCGACGAGCUGCGCGGCUCCGACACCGGCGUCUAUUCCGGCGGUGGCUUGUCCGAAUCAGAAGAAGUGUGGAACGAGGACCCUGAUAAAAUAAACGGGUACGCCAUCACCGGAUGUUGCCGUUCGAUGUUCCCGAAUCGCAUCUCGUACGUGUUCGAUUUCAAGGGGCCCUCAUACGCCGUCGACACUGCUUGUUCGAGUUCACUGGUGGCGAUGGUACAAGCCUACAGGGACAUUCAAGAGGGCCGCUGCGAGGCCGCCAUCGUGACCGGCUCUAAUUUAUGUUUAAAACCGGCCACGUCCCUCAACUACCACCGGCUCAGCAUGUUGUCGCCGGACGGACGCUGCGCCGCGUUCGACGAGAGCGGCACGGGCUACGUGCGCUCCGAGGGCAUCGUGUCCGUAUUUCUGCAGCGCAGAAGCGCCGCGCGCCGCGUCUACGCUACUAUUCGUAAUGGUCGUAUAAACGCCGACGGCUACAAGCCAGAGGGCAUCAAUUAUCCUUCGGGUAAUAUGCAACGCCGACUCGCUCAGAUGACAUUCGAAGAGGCCGGUCUGCGUCCACAGGAUGUCACAUAUUUCGAAGCACACGGGACCGGUACGAAGGCGGGAGAUCCACAAGAGCUGAAUGCGAUAACGGAGCUGUUCUGCAAGAACCGCACGUCGCCCCUGUUGAUCGGCUCCGUGAAGUCCAACAUGGGGCACGGGGAGCGCACCUCCGGCCUCGCGUCCAUCGCCAAGCUCGUAGUUGCGUUACAGCAUGGCGUCAUCCCCGCCAACUUACACUACAAAUCGCCUAACACGGACAUACCAGCACUAUUAGAUGGAAGAUUAAAGGUAAUUAAUUUACUUUAAGUGCCAAGUCAAG